GAAAUUGAUUCUGAAACCGGUAAUGACUUUGAAGGGUCAUGGAGGUUGGAUUCAAUCCAUAUCCUACUUUGCUGAAGGCCAGCGAAUGAUCAGCGGAUCUUGGGACACGACCGCUCGGCAAUGGGAUCUGAAGGCGGGUAAGGAGAUUGAGGAAGCCCGGGGUGUUUGCGAGAAGAAGGUAUGGGCAGUGGUGGUAUCAAGGAAUGAUCGAUGGGUUGUUACUGCUGGUGGGGAUGAGGAAACCGGGGAGCUGAAAGCCUGUGAGGUUGAGACGGGGAUUGUGAAAAAUUUUGAAGGCCACUCAAAGAGGAUCACAUGCAUUGAUAUCUCCACGGACAGCAAGCUGCUGGCGAGUGGGUCACAUGAUGAAACAGCGCGGAUAUGGAAUUUGGAGACCGGCAAACUCGUGGCUGGUCCAUUCCAGAGUGUUAUGUGGGUGGGCGCAGUUCGAUUCUCGAUGGAUUCGAAGAAGCUCGCAAUCAAGUCAAUUGUGGGGAAGUGCCUUGAGGUCUGGGAUAUCCAAGAACAGAAAUUGGAUGUGAGUGUAGGGAAACGAGCUGGAGGGAGUGUGAUUCCAGCGCCAAUUUUCUGGACAAACAAAAACAGAAACAUCUUGGCCACAUUCAGCUUCACGGAAGAUAUGCAUGACAGUGCCAAGACAAUUUACGAGUUUGACGCUUCGACGUUGGAGAUUCUCGGAACUCCCUUCGAAGGGCACACCAAGGUUGUCACAGAUCUAGCACUUUCAUCCGACAACAUUCUCCUCGCUAGCUCUUCUUGGGACGGCACCAUCAAGCUCUGGGCCUUCGAGUCCCGCCAACUCCUCGCUUCCUACGACGUUCAAGAUCCCUAUGCCCUUGCCCUCUCACCCGACUCACGCAAAAUAGCUUGCACGAAAUGGUUCGACAAGAACGAUGAGUACAAGAUUUACAUAUGCGAUACUCCACCCGAUGUGCUUGCUGAGGCCCGUACCAGUGCACGCAAAAAGUCAACCAUCGAUGAUCUUCUAAACUCUGACGCAACUCGUCGUCCUCCUGCCGUGCGCCGCAGACCUCAAAUACCUAUCGUACCUAUGACGCAGAUACCUCCACCUACAAUCGACCCGCAGAAACCCAUAUUCCAUCGCCUCCGCAAACUUCUUCCCUUCUCUUCUCGCACAGCCCCAAUUCUUCCUGUCCGCAAUCAUAUUGAGCCUCGCGGUCUUCUAGAUAUAAUUGCAAUGCAGUUCCCUGCUACGUUGCCCUUACCUUCCAAUCGCCGUCCUGCAGCAAGCCCUUCGUCGACUCCCUUCAACUUGCCCGGUGGCAGGGCCUUUUUCGAUCCCAUUCUGUCGUCGUCAGACAAGGGGAAGCAAAAGGCGCGCGAACGGAAACGAGAACCUGUAAAAGUCGUCGAUGUUCCCCUCGGACAAGCCACCUAUGGCGACGCUGUCGGUGUGGACGACGGAAUACGACCCUAUGUUCUCUUCUUUUGCCUCAGCUGGUUCCAGAAGAAGGAGAAGAAGGAGGUGCCACGGCCAGUCUAUGAUGACGACCCUGAGGACGACGAAGAUGAGGAAGAUAUUCUCAAUCGAGUCGCUGUACCUCCUCCAAAGGUCCAGCUCGAAGAAAUUGAAUUGUCAUCAAUGGCUACUCAGUCACAGCCAGAGGCAGGACCAUCUCGCCUAGCGGUAGUUGACGAACACCCAAAGGCGCAGUCUUCGUAA